AUGGUUCGUGGUCUUACCGUAGGUAUUUACCAAAAUAAGAGCGAGAAAUCACCACAAAGAAAGGUCGAUGAUAUUGAGAAGAAGGGCGAAACACCAUCAUUCGUUAUUGAUGGUCAGUCCCUUGCUUACUAUAUUUUGACACCAAAAGACAAAGAUCAUUCAUGGGAAUUCGCAAAUGGUGGUGACUACAACAACUACGCACAGAAAAUCGUAGAAUUCUUCAACCUUCUUGCCAAUUUCAAAGCACAAUGCACAAUUGUUCUUCCACUUCCAGAUGGCACAGGCCCAGUCACAGAAAACUCACUCUCCAAGUGGAACGGCAAGGCUCAGGACAAGAUCCGCCGCGUUUCCCGCGUCCGUCAACUCCUUGAGAAGACAGCCGCUUCUUCACGUGGUCUUCUCGAUGUUCUUCCACCAUUCAUGCUCGAUGAGAUCGCCAUCACAGCAGCUAAGCUCAAUGUCCCAGUUCUUUACACAAGAAACAGCGUUUAUCGCUUCAUCGCCAACUACUUAAAGGAGGGCAAGGCUGAUGCUGUUAUCGGCAACAACUCCGACUACGUCAUCUUCGAGCACAUCAAAUACAUUCCAAUCGACUCAUUCUUCAACGAUGAGAACAAGAUCUGGCAAUGCUACUACAUGACACCAGCUUCUGUCUGCGACAUCCUUGGCCUCAACGACCAGAAGAAGCUUAUCGAUCUCGCAAUCCUUCUUGGUGAUGAUUUCACAGAGAAAUUCGUCACACAGAAGUACAACAUCUACACACUUCUCCGCAUCAAGCCACGCCAGAACAAUCCAGCCGCCCUUGUCGAAGGCAUCGUUGACUGGCUCAAUCUUGAAACAUACGAAGGUCUCGAGAACACUUCCCCAAUCAAGGAAUUGAUUGCUGACGAUGCCGAAUUCAAGGCUGUCAUCGACGAAUCCCGCAAGUACUUCUCUCUCGAGGAUCUUCUUCCAGAAGGAGAUUCCGAAGUCCGCAAACUCGUUGACGAAGGCAAGCUUCCACUCUGGACAAUCGGCAUUUCCGAGAACAACGAUUUCUGGUACGAGCCAGUUGUCGAUGACUACAAGCACGAAGUCAUGACAUCCAAGGUCACAUUACCACUUCGUCAGAUCAUCUACGGCAUCCUUGGUCGCAAGGAAGUUAUCGAGCACAUCCCAACAGACGAAGCCGUUUCCACAGAAACAGUCCAAGCCGAAGCCGAUCUUCCAGAGCUUUCCCAGAUCCUCAAGAUGAAGAAACCACAGCUUGAGAAGACAUUCUACAUGAUUGCCCACUCCAAGUUCCCCAAGCAGCCAAAUCCAAAGGAUGAUCCAGUCUCCGCUCUCCCAGAGCCAUUCAAGAUCCUCGCUCUCUCCCUCAGAUACCUCAUCGCACAGUGCUUCACUGAGAACCAGGCCAACUACACACGCACACCAGAGGACAACAAGAAGCUCAAGGAUGCCGGCGUUAUCGGUGCUCCUCCGAUCGAUCUCUUCGAACUCCGCGCACUCGCUGCCCAGGCACUCUGCCUCAUCCAGCUCCCAUACAGCCAGUGGAACAACGGAGAACAGAAGGCACCAGAGUUCAAGCCAAAGCUCAGAAGAUUGCAUGUUGCCGCUCUCUACGAAGUUGUCCUUCAGCACAUGCUCUGGCUCCAGCAGGUCUUCGGACAGAAGAACGACAAGGCCAAGCCACAUCGUUUCUUUGAUGGACAGAUCUUUGCUGCUGCCUACGACGCAGAAGGCAUGAUCGGCAGUGACAAGUUCGCUCCAUUCUACCAGGAACCAGCCAAGAUCAGAGAACUCGAAGAGACAAGAUUACAUGAGUUCAUCCAGACAGUCUUGUACCCAUUCCCAGAUGGAUUGUUCGAGGCAUUCAGCCAUGUUCCACGUUCUCUCGGAUCUGCUGCUUUCGAGGAAGUCAAGCCACAGGUUGCAACAAUCGUCGCUCCAAAGUCUGCAUUCGCUAACCUCAUGGACAGCUCUGAUGAGGAAGACGCUCCAGUCGAGGCACCACCAGCACCAGUCAUCAACCAGCCACCACCACCAGCUGCUAAGGCUGAGGAGAAGAAGAAGAAGGCUGAGAUGGACGAGGAUGAAGAAAUGGCUUUCCUCAUGGCUGCAGCUGCUGCUAACAAGGGCGCAAAGAGAGAAGUCAAGCAGGCAACAAAGCCACAGAAGUCUAAGGGACCACAGAGACGCCGUGUCGAAAAGGUUAACCUCAAUGAAGUUAAGAACUUCAACAAGGAGUCAAAACUCGAGGCAAAACUUCAGACAAAACAACAGGGUUUCGAUUGGUAA